AAUUUUGACAUCUGUGACAGUGACACUUAGAGGUUAUAAUAAUUUUCAUAAAUAAAUAAAUAAACCACACAAAUAAUGACAAGAAUAUAUUUAUCUAUAAAAUAAACAGCAGUAUUUAUAGUUAAAUAUAAGCCAGAAAUGGACGCUGCUGAGGAAGAGAUUUCGGCGGAGAAGUUAAAGGAACAGGGCAAUCAAGCCGUAAAAGAAAACAAGUAUCAAGAGGCGGUGCUCCAUUAUACCACGGCAAUAAAAUUAGAUCCCAAAAAUCAUACGUUGUACAGUAACAGAUCUUUUGCGCAUUUAAAGUUGAAAAAUUAUUACCUGGCCCUUUCUGAUGCAAACGAAACAAUAUCUUUGAACCCCAAUUGGCCUAAAGGGUAUUUUAGAAAAGGAGAAGUAGAAUACGCAGUAGGUUUUUACACGGACGCAUAUGAUUCAUACAGGGAAGCCUUAAAAUGGAAACCAGACGACAGCAACAUUUUAAAAUGCUUAAACAACACGGCAAAAAACGUGAUACACCAAAGAACCAAAGACAAACAAAUACCGUGGGUAGGGGCGGGUAUUGGUAUCGUUAUUGGGGUUACGAUGCUUGUGGCUGACUUUUUGACUACCAGAAAUCCCACCCAUCCAUUAUUAAUGGCAAUCAUCACUAUCGUUAUAUCCUUGGUGGGGUAUGCUAUAGCAAGAGGAUAUAGGAGUUAUUUGAAACAGCAAAGGAAACAUUUACUUGAUCCACCACCCGAAUUAAUAGUAAAAGAACCAGAAGAUGAAAAAGAAGAAAUUAAACGGACACCAAGAUAUACAAAAUCUCAAGCUAGAUUUAGAUAUAAAAAGGGGGAGACUGAUUUUAAAAACUGGGUAAGAUUGUCUAGUCUAAAUGGAAAUUUAAAGAUUCAAUUAAUGACGUUUUUAUACCUGAUUAUUGCAUUUACAUAUAAAAGGUUACUUAAACUUAAUUAUUUAUGACAGUGGUUAAUGUGUCUAUUUCACGUAUUGUUGACUCAUGAUAGGCACUUCUAUAGAAUAUAGUUGUUUAAGUUUAAUGUACAGGGUGGUUCAAAAGUAAGCCUUUGCGUGAGAAUGUUUGCACGUUUUAUUAUGUGUGAUUGUGUUCAAGUGUCAUUCAUUCCGUGUCAUUUCGAAUAUUCAACAUCUUAUUUAUGUAAAAAAGGCCAUUUUUGUAGUUUUUGGCUAAAAUCGUAAUAAAAUAAAAUGAUGAAAAAACAGGGGCAUUUGAACAAUUCCAUGCGCAAGUACUUAAAAAGUGUAUGUUUGCUUUUGAGCUAUCACCCAGUAUAUGUACACAGGGUGGCCCAGGUAAACCGUCAGCAGGAUCAUUUGUUUUGUAUUCCAAAUGUUGUAAAACUUAUAUAUACGGAUUUUUUCGCUGCAAUUUUUUAACUCUAUGUAAAUUAUUUAAUAGUUUCGCACAGUAUUGAAUUUAUCACUGUUUUUAUGAAAAAUAGCCCAAGUAUAAUGUGAAAAAUCCAAUAGGGGUUCCACAUCCAUUUAGACUUUUUUCCCCAUGUUAUUAUUGUAUUUAAGGGUAAAUACAGAUAGUAUAUACACUUGUGAUUUAUUAGUUCCAUUGAAAUGAUAUCUGGCAAAGUCUUUGUAAGUUAAUUUAUAUAAUAUUGUGUGGCAAGCAGGACUCGGCUCUGUUAAUUAAAAAUAAAUCAGUUUAUAACAAUAA